UUCGACUUGACGCUGUUUGGUGUCUCCACUUGAACACAAUGUGUGUAUGUUAUUUUGCCAUUUACCUCACAGUCGUGUGUAGUGUCGUAAAUAAACACAACAAAGAAAUUCAUACCAAACCAUACUUCGGAGUAUUUUUUUUUUGAUAGGACAGAAAGAAGAGGAAAAAAAUUUUAUAUUUAUUUUUGUUUUUAUUGUGAUUGGUGUCUAAAUGCAGUUUUCGUUAGUCGCAUUGAAACAAAGCAAUUGUGUGUUGUAAAUUUCGUUAGACUUUGGUUGAAACACGCAGAGAACAUGAGGCAAACAGUAAAAAAACACACAUAAAUUAAAGUUUUGUGACGAAGAAGCAAAACACGAGUGAUCUUUGUUCGGUGAUGAACAAAGCACGAAAUCGUAAAUAUUGCAAACGACCGACAAGCAACACCGACUCCGUACACCAAAAUAUGCAUCCAAGUUCUAGUGAUUAAAUUUUUUUUUUUAGAAAAUAAAAACGAAAUUUCAAUAAACACAUCGAAAAGAAGUCAUCCUUUUCGAUCUUCGGUUUUCCAUACACACACACAAACACAUACAUCGUUGCAAAUAAAAGAAAAACAAAAGAAAACAAAACAAAUUGCAAAAAUAUUUUUCUAUGAAUUUUUAUGUCAAAAUCUGUUUCGCACAUUACGUCAGUAAUCCGAUAGAAAUAAUUUUUUUUACAAAGAAUCAGUACACCGCGCGUAACACGAAACAAAAACAAACGGGGAGACAUAGAGAUAAAGGGAAAACGAAAUAACAAUAACUAUUCAACAAAAUAACCAUUUCCAAAUAACAAACCAACGAUGACGUUUUGGUUUGCACCAUUCACGGACUUAGUCAAAAAGAAAGUAUGCAGAUAUCUAUUGCAUCGUUAUCUUGGAUCGUUUAUCCACGAGAAAAUCAGCUUGGACCAGUUGAAUGUGGAUUUUUAUAAUGGAAAGGGAACCAUAUCGGAUAUUGUGCUGGAUCCAGAGGCGCUAAAUGAAUUAUGCGAGAAUCAAGGAUGGGAUAUCGAAGUUAAAGCCGGUCACAUUGGUAAAAUUGAUGUGAAUAUACCAUGGAAUGCCUUAAUGUCGGAGGACAGUUUUGUCGAAAUUACGCAAUUGUACUUUGAACUUCGGCCAAAAUGUCGUCCAAAAGACGGUGCAUCCAUGAUCGAGUCGAUGUGGUCAUCGAUGAGCAGUUCCAUGCAGCUGGCAAAAGAUUGUCUGGAACACGAAAGCGGCCCAAAUCCACCCAAUCAACCGAUGGAAGGCCUGGAACGUUUCGCACAAAUAAUAGAUAAUGUUCUGAAUAGGAUCAAAGUACGUUUAAUUGAUACGGAAAUCCGUUUGGAAUAUUUCACUAGUGAAAAAGAGCGAGGCAUAACCGUAGUAUGCAAGAUCAAAAGUUUUGAAUAUAAGAACGAGGCUGGUGGCGAUCCACCGGAUAAGCCAGCCAAUGCGCCAGACGUUGAUAGCGAUGGACCAAAAUCGUAUUCGAUACCCGUUUACUCGACACAUCAAUUAGUGAUAGAAAAUAUCGCAUUUUACAUGGAAGAAUUUCGAAUUUCCAACGGUAAAUGCAACGAUCCGAUCAAUAAACAUAUAGAAACGUCACCAGUUGCCGAGCAAUUUUAUAGCACCAUGUCAGAACUUCCGGAUAUUCAACUAGUAAGUAGUACACAACAACAACAGCCACAGCAACAGCAACAUGCGUCAAACGAUGAAGUCAGUAGCUGUAGUGAUGACGAUAACGAUAACGAUAAUGCUAGUGAUAUUUCGGAUAUAAGUCGAACAGAGGCCUUACAGAUCGCCAGCUUCAGCGGUAAAACGGAUAUUAAAAUAACCGUUAAGCAAGCGCUAUCGAUGCAAGGUCCGAAAGUGCAAUUGGAAUUACAACUGGGGGCUGUGAACAUAUUUCUAACACCGAGACAACUGCAUGCAUUGAUCCAAUUGGCCGAUAUAUUUUUGACCGACAGUACAAACAAACAAACCGCCCAAAAUUUGGUCAAUGAUAACGAUAAUGAUCAAGCAUCCGAAUAUAAAACAUUCAAUGCAAUGAGCGGAAACUUGGGCUUGAAUCAAUGCUGGUCAUCAGAUCCACUAGGUGAAAGUCAAAAUCAAAGCAAUGCACCGCUAGACAUUGACACGAUUCGAGAGACGAAUUCAAUGUCAAAUUCGAUCACCAGUUUUGCCAGUGGUUAUACGCAAACAACCAUUCGCAAUCGUCGUAGAGGCGUCAUCGAAAUCGACCCAAAUGCAGAAAUCCUACGGACAAACAUUCGAGUGGCAUCAUGCGCAAUUUUGUUAUUGCAAGAGGAUAUUUUGGUCGAGAGUCCGAUGAAUGAAGAUAGCCCAUUGAAUGAAAAUAGCGUGAGAAAAUUACUGCAGAUAGCUGAAACAUUUUUUGAUACAAUCGAAGAUGUAAAUAUGAACUCGGCCAAGGAUUUAAAGUCGAUAAUUUCGGUACUGGAUGCCAGUUGCAAGCGAAAUCAUAUUAGGUUAAUUCUAACUCCAAUCUUAAUUGAGGGUGAAGAGCAAAGGAAUAACAGUGGUAUUCUGUUGAGGCUUUCAAUAUCAAUUCCACGUGCUGACCUAAGGGAAAUGCUGAAGGACACAACAUCCGUUCCACUUUUAGAAUUCUACCGAGACUCGUCUGGCGGAACAUUAGCAAAGCGGCCGGAAAUCAAUAUUUUAUUAAAACAAACCACAAAUAUGUUGGGCAGCUCAUGCGGUCUUACCUAUGAAGCACCAAAAACUGAACUCAGUUUUAUGUUAGCACCGUGCUUAUGUGAAUUUGAUAUAUCCAUAAUUGAUCGUUUGAGUCCGGUGUUCAAUGGCAACCCAUUUACAACUGUCAACAAUGAUAAUCUUAUGAAUGAAUCGUCUAUCCAACCAAAUGUUCCAGCCAAUCCAUUUUCGGUGACACUUGAAUCUUCUUCCAUUGAUAUUCGAUUAAGAUUUCCAUGCACGGAUCUUCGACCCAUUCAUACACCAGACCGAGUGCCAUGGUGGAAACGUAACGUUUUACGUGAUUCACUCUGCAUAAAUUUUUGCCAAGCGAAAAUACUUUACCGUUUGAGCAAAUACGAAAUUGUAGCCAAUAAAAUUGACGUUUAUUACUCGGAAAAUGAGGACGAGCAAAAAAUUCAUAUCGGAAAUAUUAUCACGUACGAACAAUCGACAAAGAGACACGCACAACAAAUAUCCGAAAGCCCAAAAAUUAUUAUUGAGCUACCUACAAUGGAAGCGAUUGCUCGAAACCUUCAAAAACAACAACCGAGUGAUGACAGCAGCGACGGCGGUCAUCAUUCCGAUUUUAGUUUUCACAUUUCCAAUUCAAACGAACCGACGCCAUUUAGUUCGAAACAUGUGUGGCGAGAGAGUGAUACACCGCAUGCAAAAACCACGGACGAUGGCAAUAAAUCACAAAAUAUCGCCGACGAUGAAAAGCUCCUCAUACCAGGUGACAUCAGCGAAAUGAACAAAUUCUGCGACGAAACGGAAACAACGUCCAAACUGAAAAUUAUCGUCAAUUUGCCAAUUGUCAGUCUUCAAUUAAGAUCCAAGCAUAUGUAUGAAGUAAUCUAUAAUCGGAUAAUAUCGAACCUUCUUCUGUGGGUUCCAAGCGCACCCAAUAAUAUCACAACGAAACCACAGGUCAAGGUUGCUGCUGCAAACAAUCCAUUGCUAAACAUCAAUAUGACGGAAUCGAUUUCAAUACCGUUUUCAAUGGCAAAAAGCAAUAUCAUUUAUGAUUCGAGUUCGGCCACCAAUUCUGAUUCUGAUACAGAUUCCGAGAAUAUUUUCUAUUCGACAUACCAUGAAAGCAAGCGUGUUCAACCAAAACCACCGCUUGCUUCGGUCACGCAAAGUAGUGCAUGCUCGCUCCGUCUCAAUAUCAACCAAGGAUUACUUACUGCAUAUUCUCCAGUUCGGGAUUCAGCGAAUCGGGUGAUUCCAGGGCAACAGGGUGAAUUUGUCAUUAAGCUACAAAGUGGAUCGCUGUUUUCCGUGAGCGGUUUUCGUGGAAAUGAGAAUUUGAAUUACAUGUGCGUACAGGCGUCGGCCGUUGAAAUGUAUCACAUCGGUUUAGUUCCAGUGCCAUCGACAAAUCCACCACUGCGACUCUUUGGAUGUGUAUUGCCAAGUCAUGUUCAAAGUACCAUUUAUCCCACACCGCCAAAUUUAACUGUCAAUCAAUCCGUUGGCAAAAAGGCAACCAAUCGUGAAAUGAUUUCGAUUGCCGUUCAGGUGAAAUCAGUGCCAGAAAGAAAAGUCAAGAGGAUCAAAGUGUCAGCUGGGUUACAAUUGGCAACAUUGCGGUACAAUAGUGCGCUUCCCGAACACAGUUGGCUUCGUCAAAUCAUGGAUAUGUUCAAUGUUGAGGAUUAUCCAAUCCAAGGCUAUACACCGUUAACAAAUAUCAUGGAAAUGCAUUUACACUUGUGGGACUGUUCGGUUGAUUAUCGGCCGCGAUUCUAUGACUAUCGAGCAGUUUUGGGUAUCAACACAUUUAUGAUGAGUACAACAUUGUCGUCGACCAACAAUGGAUGUACUGUUCGUUUUGUUGCCGAAGAUGGAACACUGAGCAUUGCACCACAAACUCAGGCCGGUGAAUUUAAGUUCAAAAAUGAGAAUAAAAUCACAUCGUUGCCUUCGUCCGAAUUGGUUUGCGUAUUUGAGUUUGCACUGUUGGAGAUUUCGUUGCGUGAAAGUGAAAAAGUGACGGAAUUUGCACCAAAGUACGAUGCACGAGCUGCAAUGAAUGGCACUCAUUUGCGCGUUUGCUCCGAUUCGUGUAAGUCUCUGGGCAAUUUGAUUGCGUACAUCGCUGCUGAAGGUGAUUUAGCUUCGACCAAAGAACAAGAUGAUGAAAACGUCGAUUCGUUGGUGAGCUCAUCAAAAGAUCUGGAUGAAGAUUUGAUUGCUGUAAACGCACAAAAUAUUCCUGAAGUAACGGAAGAUCAACAGCAACGUGUCAAUCAGCUGAUGGAAGAAGCCAUGCAAGAUUGCAUUCGUGACACACCGAAUCGCGGCACUCCAUUAACAGAUACUCUAGGCGAAGAGGAUGCCGAAACAUUCUAUUUCCCAGAUGAAGCGAAUCCAACGGAUAAAUCACAUGCCGUUGGCAUUGCAUCAGCACGCAAAGGUUUACCAAGUACUCGAAGCAAUAGUUCACUAAACAAAGACGAUGAAGAUACACUGAGCAACAUAACCGAUUGUUCAAGGCGUCGAACCACUGAUUUGCAAGAUAUAAUUGAUUUCGAGAAAUCCGUAAUGGGAUUGAAGGAUGAACUUGAAAGUGAAGCCGUCGAAGCCUUACCGCUGGUCGAUAGUGAACUUGGAUCGGUCGUAAGUCCCGAUUCAAAGAAGAAAUCGACCAAGAAACACAGUCGUAAAUUGAGCUCCGACACCGAUGAUGAUUUCUGUUUCAUUGGUGACGAAGAACGACCGAAAUACGGAAUCGAUAACGUACAGUCGACCGAUGAACCGAUUCGAAUUGUUGACAAUCACUUUAGCAUACCGUUGGAUAAGCAUGAUAUGUUGAAGGCACCACAAGGUUUCCCACAAGCCGUUACACGCUACACAAUUUGUGAUCUAUCGAUUUCGAUGCAUUUGUACGGCGGAAAUGAUUUCCCAACCACAAACACGGAAAGAGAAAAGGAAUACGAAAUGGCAUCGAAUGAAAAGGUUGGCAUGUCGGAUGCAUACAAAAAAGGUGUAGCAUUUUCCAAGGUAUCAUCCACCGUAACACUUCCAAGCAAAGUGAAAAGCAGCACGCCAAGAUCGCAGCGACCAUGGAAGGAACGAGGCGGUAUUAAUCGAAACUUUGAAGUAUGCGUCGAAAUACAUUCGAACAAAAGUCGAUUUUCGCAUGAAACGUAUCCGUCGCAUACGCGAGAAGCAUCCCGGCAAGUGCUGGUUUUGUCGGAUUUCGAAGUUUGGGAUCGUUUGACAUCGUCAUCAUUCAAUAAAAUGUUCUACACUGGCCGCAGUGAACGAUCAAAGAAGAGCGAUCAAGCAACGAUGUAUAUAAAAUGCAUCUUCAUUCGUCCCGAACCGACGCUACCGUCGCAAGAGGCGAAUUUAUUCAUUUCAUUUAUGCCCAAGGUGAAUAUAAACAUAGAUCAAGAUGCUAUGCUUUUCAUUGCCGAUUUCUUUGCCCAACUGAACGGCAGCGUAGACGAACCAACAACAAAGGUAACCAAAACACCGUCAACUCCCACGCAUCAGCCACCGGUUAUGAUCGUCGAUAUGCCCGAUCUGAAAGAGCUACAAGCCCGCAAAAUGGUCGAUAAAAAUCUAAUGCUACUCAUCGAUGACGAAGACGAAACAGAGAAACCAUCAUGUGAAACUGCAACAAAUGUCACCGACAACAACCCCGUUUACUUUAGGAGUGUGACUUUUAGCCCAGAGGUGGAAUUGACGAUAAAUUAUUGCGGUAAGCGCGUUCAAUUUUCACACGGUCCCAUCAUGGGCUUGAUAAUGGGACUGAGUCAUUUGAAUUGCUCACGCAUCCGACUCAAAAAAAUCAAUUAUCGUCGCGGACUCUUGGGUAUUGAUCGAGUACUGUUCCAUUUGAUAAAGGAAUGGCUAAAUCACAUUCAGAAUUCCCAAUUACCUUCUUUACUGCAAGGUAUCGGCCCAAUGAACAGCAUCGUUAUAUUCUUUCAAGGAGUUAUCGAUCUUUUCCGUUUGCCAUACGAACAAUAUCAACGUGAUGGCCGAAUUGUACGUGGAAUACAAUUGGGUGCUCAAAGUUUCACAUCUCGUACAGCAUUAGCGGCAUUGGAGUUGACAACCAGAUUAAUUUAUUUAUUACAAAUAACGGCUGAAACGGCAUACGAUAUGGUAUCGCCGGGUCCAUCGGUGCGAAUGACAAAGGGUCGCCGGCGUGGAAAACGUAAGCUUCAUCGGCCGCAGGAUAUUCGAGAGGGUGUCACCAAUGCGUAUCACAUAGUCAAAGAUGGCGUUGGUAAUACGGCGCAAAAUAUUGUUGAGAUGGCAACCAUUGAGCACGAUCAAAAAGGCGUUACUGGUGCUGUUGGUGCAGUUAUUCGUCAAAUACCACCAUCAAUUGUAAUGCCAAUCGUUCUGGCGACACAGGCAACGGCCAAUGUGUUGGGUGGAGUACGAAAUCAGCUGGUUCCUGAUGCUCAAAUUGAAGCCAAGGAGAAAUGGAAAGAAGAUGAUGAUUAAUCGACACACACACGAACAAAUCCCCCGAAGCUAAUAAAUCAAAACCAUAAAGAAGAAAAA